AUGUGGAUCGCCUUAGCAGCCUUAGCCACUGUCGGGGCCCAAGUGGUCCCCCAAAACGCUCACUGUGUCGUCUACACAGACAGCUGCGGACAGUUACUGGACACCCUCCCGGUGUGCCAAGAUUUUAAUCGACAAGUGUGCAACCGUCCCGCCUGCAAGUUUAUCCAUCUCAGUGACGGAAACGUGGAGGUGAUCGAGAAUCGCGUGACCGUGUGCAGGGACGCAGUGAAGGGCGCGUGCAUGCGACCCCAGUGUAAAUAUUAUCACAUACCGGUCGCGUUGCCGCCAGCGCCUCUGAUGGCGAUCACAUCGCCAGCGACGCCCUAGUUACUCCUUCUCGUUUAGCGGAUAUGUAUCUAUCACGACGAGGCGAGCAGUAAGAGAACCGGCAGACACUCGAGUGAAACCGAAAGAGAGCAGCCAGAGAACGGAAAGGGACUUAUAUCGAAAGACAAACAAAAAAAGAGGAAAAAAUCGCAAAACUGAAAACAAAAAAAAAGCAACGAGCAGAGAGAGAGAGGACGAGUGAGAGAGGUAUAUAGAGAGAGCCACUACGAGAGAACAAAGGAACAAGAGGUUCUCGAGCGCGCGUUUCGCCGGAUCACGAUCGGCCUGAUCGUCGAGCAAGAUCGACGAGAACAAAGAGAAAAGAGAUAGAGACGGAUCAACUGGAACGCGUGUUUCGAUGUUUUCGUCCUCAUCGUUCUCUUCGUCGUCGUCGUCGUCGUCGUCGUCAAUAGACAUCGAAAGGAGCGAUUCGAUUCUAUUUCAUCCUCCUCUGCGAAUCUCCUCGGAUGCGUAGGUUUUCGUCGAGCCAGAUAGAGAUCAGGAGAAAAGGCGAGCGUAUCGAACGCGGAUCGAAGAGAAAGAAAAGGACCAGAGGAACGAAAUCGUGGCUCGUUGUUUCGCCAGUUGGAGAAGGAGUCGUACGAGUUCGUUCCUCUUCCCUGUCCUUUUUUCUCUUACCCGUGUCGUCCCUUGAAGAUAGGGAGAAUAGACGGGUAACAGGUGAAAUUCGUUCGUGACAACGAUUCCCUCGGGUCAAGAGUUUCUCUUCUAAUAGAAGACAGUUCUUUGUCAGCUCCUCUAAGUGAUCCUCGCUAACUUCUUCUCGUGUUUAGCCGCCAUGAAGCGUGAUUUAGGCUUGGAGUGCCUAAGGGGUCAGACGGUCGUCUGCCCGCGAGAACGUGUUUCCCGAUAUCACGGGACAAAACGGUAUUUUACUCGUGUGAAUUGGCCACAGAUCGGGGAUGCAGUAUCCCUGACUGGAGCAGAUGCAUCGAGUGGGUCGUCGAAAUUGAAGAUCAGCCGCGUCGCGUCAGCGAGAGAAACGUCCUCGAGAGGAUGCUCGAAACACGUCCGUCACGAUCGAGUGCCAGUACACGAGGUCUUCCUUAAUCCUGCCUCCUUUCCUCCUUCGUUCACUUAGACUUCCAUGAAAGAGAGCCAUGACUAGAAUAGUCUGCAGACGAUCGUUGAAGAUUCAGCGGAUUAUCUACAGACUCAGACCCUCCAUCUUCGAUAUCAAGAUAUACUUUCCCCAAGUUUCGACAGUCAAUCGUUAGAUCGCUAGAUGAGUUCCGGUUCCAAAGAAACCCAUCGGCCAUUUUCCAUUUUUGACGCGUCUCAAGUUCAUUUCUUACGCGUGUUACUCAUCCUUGCUCUCUAAUUAUUUUAACGCGUGAUCAUUUUGUAUAAAUAUUUACUUUUUAAUUCCUAAUACAGAGUCCAUUAUGAUCGAUAGAGUUACAGUUGCCUUUCGAAAAUUCGCGAAUUUCUAUAGAUCAAGAUUUUUCAUUAUACGUCUAUUUUAUUCUCGAGACUUUCUCUGUUUUUCAUCUUCACUGUACUCCCUCGGAUUUCUUAACACUUUGACUAUCACGCACUUUUUAUAUAGUACUCUCAGGGGGCCACGAGGAAGUUUCUAUUAUUCUUAGGAUAUAACGAUGAAUUAUCAAAGAAUAUAUCAAAGAAAACAAAAACGGUGCAAAUUAUUAACGUUUUCUAUUCAAAGUUCUCUAUUUCUUUACGUUGUUCAGAUAUGCAAAAAUUGGUUAGAGUAAAACAAAUAUAAAUUUGAAAAGUUAGUAUCGCUGGACACCGAUGACCAUUAUGGUCCCACUGAGGAGACAAGCGUAAACCCUCAUAGCAGUCAACGUGUUAAAAAUCUAGAGUACUAUGUUCUCGAUACUCUUCUCUCUUUUUAAGCAUCAUCAUCUAUCACCGAUUUUUUCGGUUCAUAGUGAUCCCGAGAGAUCGUUUGAAUUUCGAAAUAUCCUCGAUUUACGAAAGCUCGUUAAAUUUUCGUUCGAUACUUUCGUUAGUCUAAAGUGGUAAUCUUAUUCCAUUUCGAUGUACCAUGUUCCCAAGAUUCCUUCUCAUCUGAUGUUUCCAAUCACGCGUAUCCAAGUGGAUCAUUUAUUCUUGAAUCUUGUGACUGAUUUCCAAAAGCAUAGAUUUCCUUUGAAAAACUUCCAUUAGUCUCGAGUGUUCGACUCGAGGUCUUUAUGUUCUUCCACGUUGAUCGAAUGCUGGCAGAAGGAACGAAAGGAAGCUUUGCCAGAUGGUCGUGAGACACGUUUUCGGGGCAGAGAGGCGAGUAUCCACGAGAGAAACACGAGGGAAGCUCGGUUGAUGUUCCGUAAGAUCCUGCUACUAUUAUGUGUACAUAUAUUAUACACGUACUAUGCAUACAGAGGGAAACGUGGUUAGGAGUUAUACGAUCCCGUGGGAACAGGGUAUUCCGAGUUGCAGGAUCGUAAAAUUUCUGCACGUUCGUGGCAAUCGAACGAAUUCAUACCGUGCGAGUAGGCUGGCUGAGACCAAUGGGGAAUACUUGGCGGAAUUAUUUAACCCUUUUGAUGUUGCCACUGCUUCGAGCGUUCUAUGGCGUUCCAGUGAAUCGGCAAGCAUAUCGAAAGAGAGUCUGUUGUUUUCGACGACUAGCGUGGGGAAAUAUGUAUCGCGAUUCUUCUGCUAUUAUUGUAAAUAUUUCCUAUAAUAUAUAACAUAAGCGAAGGAGCUCCGAUGCUCCUUGUAACCGAUGGUAUCGUUUCACGGAGAAAUUACAUUUUUCAAAGUAUUGCAAUUUCAUUAAAGAUUCGCAUAUGUAUCGCGGAUAUUCACAUUUUUUACUUUCCACUCGAAGCACGUAUAUUUAUAAUCGUAAUUACAUUAAUUAUUUACUUCUUCCUUUUAUAUCUUUGCUAUAAUUGUUAAAUACGAUGACGAAGAGUAAGACUCGUCGACACUUUCCUUAAAAAAUCAUUCGGAUUCGGGCUCGAACAAGGAUUUAUUCGUCUCUCCGAAUCCAAGGAGGGUCGAAUAAACGGUCAGCAUCAGGAGGGUUAGAGCAUCGAGCAACCAUAAGU